UGUCGAGUGCACGCGUCUGGAAUCAGAGCUGACUGUGUACCACGCUUCACACACCGCGCGCAUCAUUCACUGAUCACGCAUCGACUCUCUCUUCUCAUUGGUUAGCGGUUUGCACACCUUUGUCCAUAAUUGGCCGGAGGUGAAGCCACGCCCCCCGGCUUACUGAAGUCUGAAUGAAUCUGAACUGUCAGAAACAUUUACUGUAUUAUUUACAAUGAGUUUUACCCGUCGAGUCAGAAUAAAUCAGUAUGAGGCCUGUUUUUAAAAGUAGUUUGUCAAAUCAGGAGUCAGGUGUGCGAGACAACUGGAAAGCUGGGAAUUCUGAGAAUUUCCAGCAGAGGGAAUUUCGGCCCUUGACACCUUUGUCUGAUUUCUUUGAAGAUUCACAGAGUUCCGUCACAACCGAGAUCCAUCAGACUUCCUCUGCUGUGCAGUGUAUGACCCCACCAUACAGCCCUCGCUGUGAUCAGGAGUCGGCAGAGGUCGCCUCCAACAGUCCCAUCCAAGAGCCAAGAUCUCAAGCUAUCAGUGUAAUCCGCCACACCUCAGAAGCAUCAUCCCCCAUAAACUAUUUCUGCCCUGCUGAAACAUCAGCCAUCGAGUGUUCAUCUGGUAACAAACACAUUUCUUUUAACAACCCCCACUGUCAAUCUAAAGGCCCACAUGGCAAUGACUCAAACCCUAAGCCUUUCAGCUCCGAUGUGUCUCCAGCCCCACGGCCGGUGUCUGGUGUUCCUUCUGAAAGCGUGCCAUCGAUCUCAGUGUUCCAGAUGAUUCCUUUAACACCCAGCUCCAUGGUGCCCGUCCCUUCGCAGUGCCUUGCUAGUUCAGCAAACGUUUGCCAAGCAUCAGUGGUUUUUGUGGCUGCUCAGAUGCCCAAAGGUUCAGUGAUGGUCGUUGUGCCACAGCCAGUCACACCUACACAAACGUAUCUGGCACCUUCAUCUGGUUUGAAGUUUACUGCUAUUGCUCCAGCUCCAGGCCACAACUCCUCCCCAAAGAGCGCCGUCUCCAAAGCAGCUCCAUCACGGACUCGCGACCACGUCUGCUCUCACCCGGACUGUGGGAAAACGUACUUCAAAAGCUCCCACCUAAAAGCACACCUGAGAACCCAUACAGGUGAAAAGCCAUUUCAUUGCAGCUGGGAAGGUUGCAUGAGGCGUUUCACCAGAUCUGAUGAACUGUCACGUCAUCGACGCACACAUACAGGAGAGAAGCGUUUCGCCUGCCUCAUCUGCCACAGUCGCUUUAUGCGAAGCGAUCACCUUACUAAGCAUGCCAGUCGCCAUCUUACUGCCAGGAGAACAUCAAUGUGGCAGAAAGAUAUCAACAGUCUUAACAUCACCACUGUCUCUCGCAAUCUACAACCUUUGGCCCCCAAGACUCUGAGUUGACAAAGAUGGAGGUGGAUCAGGAGCAAAUCUUUCGAGAUUCAUACAGGAAUAAUUUUUAAUAUUUAAAAACAGUUGGAUGGAGAACACAGAAGUCUUAAGACAUUUUUUUAUUUGAUCUGUUUUAAACUUAACAUGCAAACUUAAAAACGCACAAGAUAAAAGAAAGACACAGUGCAAUGACCAAUGGUCUGAUGUGUGUUUACAUAUGAGUGAACACAAGGACAACUCCUAUGUGACCUUCAGACCACAAAACUACAGACAAACUGGCAUCACAAGCUAGCAAAACAUGGGUAACACUUUACAAUAAGGUUCAUUAGUUAACAUGAACAAACCAUGAGCAAUACAUUUGUUACAGUAUUUAUUAAUCUUUUUAAUGUUAGUUAACAGAAAUAAAGCUUUUAAAUGUUAGUUCACAGUGCAUUUACUAACGUGAACAAGAUUUUAAUAAAGUAUUAGUAAUUGUUGAAAUUAACAAAGAUUAAUAAAUGCUGUAUAAAUGCAUUAUUAGUUCAUGUUAACUAGAGGUAGACUGAUUAAUCGGUUUUGCCGAUUAAUCGGCACAGAUAGUUCAUUGGUGAAAUGAUCGGCUAUCGGCAAAAAUCCAUGGUGAUAGUUUUUCCGAGUUUUGUCCAUCGCUCCAUAUCAUGAAAAAAUUUUGUUGCAAUAGCAGAGAAACAACAGGAGGAACCGGUUUGUCGUAAAGGCUGAGACGACGUUAAUAUUAGUAGUACUUCAAACAAAAGUACACCCAGAUAAAUCCAACCCAAAUGUUUAAUGUCAUGAUUAUCACUAUCCAUUUUCAUUAGUUUUAUAUCCAGCUGGUUACUUUUAUUCAUGAUUUAUCCGGCUAAGCUGGAUAUUUUAAGUUUCCAUUUUAAAAACUAUCGGUCAAUUAAUCGGUUAUCGGCAAGAACGGACCAACCGAGUUAUCGGUAUCUGUAAAAUCCACUAUCGGUCGACCUGUAAUGUUAACAAAUGAGCCUUAUUGUAAAGUGUUACCAACACAUGUAUAUAUCAAGAUCACAUGGUUUAAGCUUGAAGAUUGGCGAUGUCGGUCUUCUAUGAAAUGUAAUAAAGUGUAAAGUUUUCAUUAUUAAAAAUAGCAACCAGAGAAAAAAAAUAAAAAGUCA